AUGCAACAUCAAAAAUACAAAAAAUGCCUAGUUUAUUUGAGUCUUCAAAAUACCAAUGUUUUAACAUGGGAUAAUCUCGGCCCGCCCGGCCCGAUAUCCGUAUUUAUUAAGAAAACACUACCUGGAACCUUCAGCCGUUUCCCUGUUUUGAGUCAGACGGGAGAGGUAUGCUGCAAGCUGGAGAAGUUUUUCCAUUCUAUGGACGAGACGAAGAAUAGUUCUGUCCCUUUAGGAGCAGAAAAUAAAAACAUUCAAAACCAACCAAAUUUCAAUGAUGAUGCGUAUUCCACUAAUUCCACAGUAAAUACAGCAUUAAGAGAUUACGGCCAUAGAGAUACUUUUGGCGAAGCACAAGCAAAUCAAGUCAAUGUGAAAGAUGCUAUACAGGAAUAUCAAUCAUUACGCCGAGAAUUGACGAGUAGAAGUCAACAUGCAGCACCUUCCAUGAUGGAAGAGGGUCAAGCUGAUGCUGAUGUAUUCAACCUUGAUGAAUUUUUGCACGGCAUUACAGAAGAAAGAGACGCCAAUGGGCUAAGUGUAAGGAAGAAACUUGGCGUUGCUUGGACAAAUUUGCGAGUUGAGGGUCUUGGUGCAGAUGCAUAUACCAUUCCAACUUUCUUCAGUUAUGUCACUGCUUUUUUGACAUUUUGGAAAAAGAAAAAAACCAGUACGAAAGUUAUAUUGGAUAAUCUCAGCGGCUGCUGUAGAGACGGCGAAAUGCUGCUCGUACUAGGUCGCCCGGGUGCAGGAUGUUCCUCUUUCCUCAAAGUCAUCUCAAACUUGAGAGAUUCAUAUACACACAUUGGUGGCGAAGUAACGUACGGCGGCAUUGAUCAUAAAACUUUUGCCGAACGAUACAGAGGGCAAGUAUGUUAUAAUGAAGAGGAAGAUCAACAUUAUCCUACACUUACAACGAAACAGACACUUCAAUUCGCAUUACGUACAAAGACACCUGGCAACCGUUUGCCAAACGAAACAAAAAAAGACUUUGUCAACCGCCUUAUUUACUUAUUGGGAAACAUGCUUGGACUGACUAAGCAGAUGGAUACUAUGGUCGGCAAUGCUUUUGUCCGUGGUUUGUCUGGUGGUGAACGUAAACGUUUAUCUAUUGCCGAACAAAUGACGACCAACAGUUCAAUUAAUUGCUGGGAUUGUUCCACUCGUGGUUUGGAUGCAGCCUCUGCUCUCGAUUAUGUUCGAUCUUUGAGGAUCAUGACUGAUAUUUUUAACAUUACCACUAUUGCCACUUUAUACCAGGCCUCGAACAGUAUCUUUAAUGUUUUCGACAAAAUCCUUUUGCUGGAUGAAGGUUACUGCAUUUACUACGGUCCUGUUACUGAAGCUAAACGAUACUUUGAAAACCUUGGUUUCCAUUGUCCACCUCGCAAAUCCAUACCUGAUUUCUUAACAGGUAUCUGUAAUCCUUUGGAACGUGAAAUUAGGCCGGGUUUCGAAGAAACUGCUCCAGCCCAUGCAUGCGAAUUUCAGAAAGUUUAUUACAAUUCCGACAUUUAUAAAUUAAUGCUGGAAGAUCUGGAUAAUUAUAAGCAAACAAUAAGUGCUGAAAACAAAGCUCAAGCUUUCCAAGACGCAGUUCGUGAAGAGCAUCAAAAGCGUGCGCCGAAGAAGAGCCCUUAUAUUGCUUCCUUUUUUCAACAAGUUAAAGCUCUUACAAUUCGAGAACAUUAUCUUAUGUCAAAGGAUGUAAUGUCUUUAAUUUCUCGUUAUGGUACUAUGCUUAUUCAAGGUUUAGUUACAGCUUCUUGUUUCUAUGCGUUACCAAUGGACGGUCAAGGCGCUUUCUCCCGUGCUGGUGCUAUUUUUUUCUCAGCUAUGUUCAAUACCUUCAUCUCACAAUCUGAAUUGGUUCGUUUUUUAAUGGGUCGACCUGUCCUGGAAAAACAUAAACAAUAUGCGUUAUAUAGACCUUCUGCUUAUUACAUCGCUCAAGUUAUCUUGGAUAUACCCUACACUCUCGCGCAAGUGUUGUUGUACAGCAUUUGCUCUUAUUUUAUGAUGGGCUUAAAUCUCACAGCUGGCAAGUUUUUCACCUCCCUUAUUUUCCUAUUCUUCUUGUCCAUGUGUAUGACAGGCUUCUUUCGUUUCUUUGGCUCCAUCACCUCCAGUUUCUUCUUUGCCACUCAACUCACUGGUAUCAUUCUUCUGGCUACUACGACUUAUACCGGUUAUACCAUUCCUUAUAACAAAAUGCAUCCCUGGUUAUUUUGGAUUUACUAUAUCAAUCCGAUCACAUAUACUUACAAAGGUUUGAUUUCUAAUGAAAUGGAUGGUCAAAUUUACAGUUGUGAAGGUCCUGGUAAUGCUAUUCCUUUCGGUCCUGGAUACGAUGACUGGAACUAUAAGGUUUGUACUAUGCAAGGAGGAAAUCCCGGAGAACCUUUUGUGCGUGGCGAAGCUUAUCUCGAAACGGCCUAUUCCUACCAUGCGAAAGACCUUUGGGCGCCAGAUUUUGUCGUUGUUGUCGCUUUUUUCAUUUUUUUCACCAUUCUCACUGCGUUGUCGAUGGAAUAUGUUAAAUUAAAGAAAUCAUCCACUCUCACGAAGCUUUAUCUCCCUGGAAAGGCGCCUAAAUCACGUACUAUAGAGGAAGAAGAUGAACGUCGUCGUAAGCAAAAUGAAAUCACCGAGAACAUGGGUAAGAUUUCGACCGGUACUACUUUCAGUUGGCAACAUGUGAACUACACAGUACCUAUCAAGGGCGGCUCCAUUCAAUUGUUGAAUGAUAUCGGCGGUAUUGUUAGACCUGGCCAUUUGACUGCGUUAAUGGGCUCAUCUGGUGCCGGUAAAACGACUCUUCUGGAUGUUUUGGCUCGUAGAAAGACGAUCGGUAAGGUGGAAGGUGAGAUUUUCUUGAAUGGAGAAGCGCUUAUGAAUGAUUUUGAGCGUAUUACCGGCUAUUGCGAACAAAUGGAUAUUCACCAACCAGCUGUCACUGUGCGUGAAGCUCUUUGUUUCUCUGCUCAGCUUCGCCAGCCUGCUGAUGUACCUAUUGAAGAAAAGAACAAUUAUGUUGAACAGAUCAUUCAAUUACUAGAAAUGGAAGAUAUUGCUGAUGCCCAGAUUGGUUCAGUCGAAAGUGGUUUUGGUAUCUCUAUCGAAGAACGCAAGCGUCUCACGAUUGGUAUGGAACUGGUCGGCAAGCCUCAAUUAUUGUUUUUGGAUGAACCUACAUCUGGUCUCGAUGCUCAAAGCUCUUACAACAUUAUUCGUUUCAUUCGUAAGCUGGCCGAUGCAGGCUGGCCAGUUCUCUGUACCAUUCAUCAGCCUUCUGCAGUUUUGUUUGAACAUUUUGAUCAUUUACUGUUACUUGUAAGAGGUGGCCGCACUGCUUACCAUGGUGAAAUUGGUAAGGAUUCGCGCACCAUGAUUGAGUAUUUCGAAUCCAAUGGUGGUCCUACAUGCUCUCCUGAUGCCAAUCCUGCUGAAUAUAUUCUUGAAGUUGUGGGUGCUGGUACCGCUGGUAAAGUUACUCAAGACUGGGCUGAAAUUUGGGCAGCAUCGAAAGAAGCCAAAGCGCUUCAAAACGAACUUGAUGAAAUUGCUAGGACUGCUGACAAAAAUCCUACACGCGAGGCCAAAACAUAUGCCACUCCGUAUGUUACUCAAUUCAAACUUGUAUUUAGUCGUAUGUCACUUGCUUACUGGCGGUCCGUUGAUUACAAUGUGGGUCGUUCCAUCAAUAUCAUGUUCAACGCUUUGCUCACUGGGUUCACAUUUUGGAAAUUGGGUUCCUCUUCUACUGACAUGCAAUACAAGGUUUUUGCUCUGUUCGGUACUUUUAUUAUGGCCUUUACCUUAAUUUUCUUGGCGCAACCUAAGUUUAUUACAGAACGUACUUAUUUCCGUCGUGAAUAUGCCUCACGUUAUUAUAGUUGGCUUCCCUGGGCAAUAUCUGCUAUUCUAGUAGAGCUGCCUUAUAUUAUUUUCUUUGCUGCUUUCUUUAUGUUUGGCUUCUACUGGACGACUGGUAUGCGUAACACUUCUGAAGCCUGUGGUUACUUUUACAUCGCCUUCGUUGUUCUUGUUUUCUGGUCUGUUUCAAUAGGUUUCGUCCUUGCUGCUAUUUCAGAAUCACCAACAACUGCCGCUUUAUUAAAUCCUACUUUCUUGUCAGUACUUAUUCUUUUCUGUGGUCUUAUGCAGUCCCCUAAGGCUAUGCCCAAGUUCUGGAGUUCUUGGAUGUACUGGCUGGAUCCUUUCCACUAUUAUAUCGAAGGCUUGACAGUCAAUGAAUUAGCACAUCUGAAGAUUACUUGUACGGAUCAAGAUCUGUUAAGGUUCACUCCUCCCCCAGGCCAAACUUGUGGCGAAUACACUGCUAAUUUCUUUGCUUCCGGAGCUACAGGCUAUAUUGCUAAUCCUGAUGCUAUGCAGCCUGAACAAUGUGGUUACUGUACCUUUAAAUCUGGGCCUGAGUUUUAUGAAACAACUAUCGGUUGGAAUGCAGCUAACAAAUGGCGUAACUUUGGUAUCUUGAUCGCCUACGCUGUCUUCAAUGUCAUUGUGUUCAUCACUUUAGUAUAUCUGAGGAGAAAGCCAAGACGUUAA